AUGUCAAAGUCGGUAAUACAAUUCCUGUUGAAUUGACUGUCUUUAGAAACUGAUGAGGCGUUGUUGACAGGAGAAUCACUACAAGUGCAAGAGGGGUAUACCGUUGUAUUUGACCACUAUUCGUUGCCGGUGCCUGUUGAUGGUCGAUUGGACCUGGUUUGCUCGUCAUCGGUUGUAUCCAAGAGAAGAGGGUUUGGCAUUGUUUAUGCAAUUGGUUUGAAUACAUCGGUCAAAUUGCGCAAUCAUUGA